CAACAUCUAGGGUUUCUUGGAGCAGCCGAGACAAGCAGAGUUAGGGUUUCCGAGGACGGGCUGAUAGUGAGCUCUGCAACAAUGGUGGAAAAAACGAGCAAGGCCAGAAAGGAGGAGGUUGUGACCAGAGAGUACACCAUUAAUCUCCACAAACGCUUGCAUGGAUGCACCUUUAAGAAGAAGGCUCCCAAUGCUAUAAAAGAGAUUAGGAAGUUUGCCCAAAAGGCUAUGGGAACAACUGAUGUUAGAGUUGAUGUGAAGCUGAACAAACACAUUUGGAGCCGAGGGAUCCGAAGUGUUCCAAGGAGAGUUCGCGUUCGCAUUGCGAGGAAGAGAAAUGAUGAUGAAGAUGCCAAGGAGGAACUCUACUCAUUGGUUACUGUUUCUGAGGCCCCAGAGGGACUCAAGGGCUUGGGCACUACCAUCAUUGAGGAUGAAGAUGAAUAGACUUUUCGAGAUCAUAUAAACAAUUCCAGUUUUGGUUAUUGUCAGUUACCAAUUAGAUAUUCUAAUUUUUGCAUUUUCACUUUUAAACAGCCAAUUCUAUAUGCUAUAGACAAUUUGGGUAAUUUAUGAGUUUAUGCCAAUAUAAAGUGAGAUUACUUGGUGUUGAAAUUCA